GGUGGGAGUUCAGGCCUGGGAGCUGUGCGUCUCGCCGCCUGCCUGUCUGUCCAUGGAGGGAGGUAGAGAGGGCGGGAUGGAUCCGCUGCCAGAUCCGUGCUCUGUCGCAUCCUAGACGGGAGCCGGCCGACUCCAGGCCGGUCUUGAAUUCCCUCCAUUUGGCGGUGGAAAGAGCGAGGGUCGUGACUCCAGGCGCCUGUUUUCGCCCCCCUCCGCCCUCUACCCCCUCCUCAGGUUGGGUGGGUUGCCAUGGUGACCCUCGGCCCUCGGACUCUCUAAUCCCUGGUUCAAGGUGGGGCUGAGAACCAUGUCCAAGAAGCAGGUGGUGAAGACCAGGACCAACAAGAAACUGGAGUUGGAGCGGAAGAGGGACGAGAAGGCAGCGAGGCGAGCCCUGGCCAAGGAGAGGAAGAACAGGAGCCAGGGUGGGGCAGAGGAUGAAGAGUUUGUCAGCUUUGCCAACCAGCUGUUAGCCAUGGGGCUCAAACUCCGAGAGGUGCCUGGAGAUGGGAAUUGUUUGUUUCGUGCUCUUGGUGAUCAGCUAGAAGGUAAUUCUCGGAACCAUCUUAAACACCGGAGAGAAACGGUAGACUUCAUGAUAAAACAUCGGCAAGAUUUUGAACCAUUUGUAGAAGACGAUGUCCCUUUUGAUCGAUAUGUUACAAAUUUGGAAAAGCCAGGCACGUUUGUUGGCAAUGAUGUGAUAGUAGCCUUUGCAAGGAACAAUCAAGUGAAUAUAGUGAUCCACCAGCUUAACGCCCCACUUUGGCAGGUUUUUGGAACCAGGAAGAGUAAUGCUGCUGAGCUGCAUAUUGCCUACAGAUAUGGGGAACACUAUGACAGUGUGCGGAAGGUCAAUGAUAAUUCAGAAGCAUCUGCAAACCUGAAGACUGAGAUGCUCAUUAAAGAUGAUUCAAAGAAGAAAGAUCGGAAUAAGAUGUGUCAUUAUCAAGUGGAAGAUAUACGGGAUUUUGAAAGUGAAAUGGCAGAAAUAGAUAUGGACGAUGCAGUUCAAAAAGUGCGCAAUGCGACAGGUUGCAUGGACACUGAUGUAAUUGUUCAGAAUCUAGAGUUUGAAAACUAUAACAUUGAGACUGCAAUAGUUGCUACCUUGCAGAUAGGUGACCUGAAGAAUAGCAAUAGUAUUGAGGACUCCAACAAAAACUGCUCCAAUUGCAGCCCUCCACACAUGUCUUCUCUUUGGAUAGAGAACGGAAGUGGAAACAGGAUUUUUGGAAACCAGGGUUUAAACCCCGAAGAAAUUGAAAAUAAUAGGACCUUCAGCCAAAAGGAAGAGAACAAGAGGAACAAAAACAAGGUUACAAGUAAACAACGCAAAGAGCAAAUAAGGAUAGAAAAGAAGAAACGUCAGGAAGAGAGGCAUCGACAGAAGGUUCUGGACAGCAGGAGCAAUAAUUUAGAAGAGCUAACAACUGAUGGGAACUUGCAGCCACCAGUUACUUUAGUCAAAACAUUUGCUACUUUAAACAUUUGACCCGAGGACCUUCCGCAACUAGAGAUGACCUAAGAUCGUAAAAGGGUUACAGAGAAUUCUCGUACGUGGGGGAAGAACGAGGGAAUUUUGGAUAUUUUUUUCCCGAUGCUGCUCUUUAGAUUAACAAUGUUGGACUGCACACUUUGAAGAAUUUGAUUUUUUUUCUUUGUAAACGAGUGUAAGCAAACUGGAAGAAAAUCUGUGAAAGGUGAAAACACAGUUGGUUAUUUACACUAUAAAUGCAAUAAAGACUUACGAAUGGUAAGGUGAGAAUUAUAAUAGGCAAUUUGAAAUGUUUGGGUUUUUUUAGAAAGCCCUUUAAGAACUGUGUAAGUAAGUGAUCUGGAGGGCUGACCAUCACAUUUUAAGUAUACCCUCCUUACAUCUACAGUGAUCAAGAUCAAAGUUGAGCCCGUUUUACAGCAUAUUUUUUACCAUUCUUCCAAAAGAGGCUAUCGCUGAGUGGGUAUGCACAGGAAUAUUUCAGAAUGAAGCAUUAGUCUAACACUCACUCAUUUGCUGACAUCAUUUAGGAGGGUCUUGAAUUGAAUUGCAAAAGUAACUUCUUUUUUUUUUUAAUCACUUUUCAGGACUUUCUUUUAAAUUUUUUUUUUUUAGUUAAGGCUGCAAUGUCAAUGCUGUGAACCACCAAAUACAAAGGAUACUUUCCCACUGUUCCAAGAAGGCAAAUAGGCUUGGCAGCUGUCUUAAACCCUAUGUAAUUCAUGGAGGAACUGCAGCUUCAAACAGCACAAGAAAUCCCCGCAACUUAUUUAUCAAAGCCUUUUUAUUUCAGCAUUCCUGGAGAUAAUUUAAGUUGAAAGAAAACUUAUCUUCUUGAAAUUCUACCUCCCAGUUUUUUUGUUUUUUUUAAAUGGUAGUAAAGUACAACCUGAUCCUGAAAAUCAUUGGGAAAUGCCAAAUGUCUGAAACAGUAACUUCCAUGGACAGCAGUGUUAAAGUGCUGGCUAUUGUAUGAUUAUGAUUGUUUCUGCUCUAUUUCUGUUCUGUAUAUACAAUGAUAAUAAAGCAACACAUUAAGAGGCUAA